AUGAAAUUGAAGAAAUUAAGGAAAUUGUUAGGUGCUGGUGCAGUGCUUCUUGCGUUCUUUAUUACAGAGUGCAGGGGAGGAAGAGAUGCCUCCAACCAGAUAGAUAUCACUGCAGGGCCAUCUACAGGAAGAAAAAGAAGAGCAAGUGAAAUAGAGCUGGUGGAUGCAGUGUUGAGUCCUGCUUCACAAGAGAUGCCAAAGGAAAAGAAACAGAAGAAAAGCGAUGAUUCAUCAAGCGAAACAUCUGAUACGGACUGCCAGGAGGAGGGAAGCGGAGACAGAACAAAAAAUGAAAAACAAAGAAAAAAAAGAAUAAAAAUAGAAAUAAAGGAUCUGGACGUUGAUCUGUGGAACAAUAAAAGAUUAGACAACACGAGAAGAAAAAGCUAUAAGCUAAACUGCAACAUAGUGUCAGAGAUUAAUAAUCUGAACAUAAGCAUGAAUUAUGUAAAGCGGCUUACAAAAUACCAAGAGAAGCUCAGAAAAGACAUCAAGGAAUUUUGCACUCAUGUUGCACAGAAGGUAGAGGACAAUGUGUUUUUGUACUUCAUUGCGUGCCGAAGUACAACGAUAAACAAAAAAUAUAAAGACUUCUUUGGCAUAAAAGAGCUGAUUGAGGAUGAUAAUAAUAUGAGCAUGCUAACGAAUUUUCAAGGGUACUAUCCUGGAAUACUGGAUGAUAUGAUAGCAUACAUAGAAAAACACCGGCAAAUGAGAACCGUUAAAGACAGCCCUCUAACCGAGUGGAAGGAAAGAAUAGGCGAUAUUUUUAUACGAAACUGUCUUGAUUUAAAGAGGUUUAUGCCUAGAGA